AGCUCCUCCUCCUGGGCCAGAGCGGCGGGGAAGGUGCGCGUCGGUAACCAGGAAGCGGCGCCAAGAAGCGACUCUAGUCAGGCGAGCGGGGCUGGGCCUGGUCUUGGCGGCCUGGCAUGGAGGGCGGCGGCGGAGGCUGCGGAGGGCGUGAGUGUAAAAGUCAUAGCCACGGUCCCCUUGGCCAUCAUGGGCAUAGCUGGUCUAACAUGUAUGAAGGAAAAGAUCUACCAAAAGAAGAUGUGCUUCCUUUUGCAGAAGACUACAGUAAUUUUGAUAUUGUCAAAGCAACUCAAUAUGGCCUGUUGGAUCGGUGUCAGGAAUUGGUAGAAGCAGGGUAUGAUGUAAGACAGCCAGACAAAGAAAAUGUUACUCUUCUUCACUGGGCAGCAAUCAAUAAUAGGCUUGAUCUUGUAAAGUUCUUCAUUUCCAAAGGUGCAGUGGUGGAUCAACUAGGAGGUGAUUUAAAUUCCACUCCACUUCACUGGGCUGUUAGACAAGGGCAUUUGUCUAUGGUCAUACUGUUGUUAAAAUGUGGAGCAGACCCAACUCUAAUUGAUGGUGAAGGAUAUAGCAGCUUGCAUUUAGCUGUGCUUUUUCAGCACAUGCCUGUCAUAGCUUACCUCAUAUCAAAGGGUCAGAGUGUAGAUACAACAGAUCACAAUGGACAAACACCUCUUAUGCUGUCAGCGCACAAAGUAAUUGGGACGGAACCUACUCGUUUUCUGUUAAAGUUUAAUCCUUCCCUCAAAGCUGUAGACAACAUAGAGAAAAACACUGCAUUGCACUGGGCUGUUGAAUCAGGAAACGUUAGUGCUGUAGACGUAUUGCUAGAAGCUGGGUCGAGUCUGGACAUCAAAAAUAUCAAGGGAGAGAGGCCGCUUGACCUUGCACAUAAAACUAAAAAUCGCUUACUUGUUCAUCUGCUUUGUGAAGAAGAAAGACUGAGAGCCAGAAAAAAUUCCAGGUUUCUGAGGAUUCUGGGAAAGUAUGAGUUCUUACUCUUGCUAGUGUCAUCAUUGACGUUGAUAUGGGCUAUAGGAUAUGUAGCGGACUUAAAUUCAGAUUCGUGGCUGUUGAAAGGAAGCUUGCUAGUCUUCAUAUUUGUUAUCACGUCCCUGAUUGCAAGGCAGUUUGUAGGAAUCAACAAACUACAAUAUUUCCCAUUAGCAUUCUUGCUUGGUUCUGUCUUCUGGAUAUCUUGGACCUGUUUCAUCUUGUUCCUGCCUGAUUUUUCAGGCACGAUUUCUCAGCUUCCCUUCUUUCUUGGUAUGGUGGGUCUUUUCUAUUAUUUAUACAAAACUAUCAGAACUGAUCCUGGAUACAUUAAGACUACAGAAGAAGAGAAUAAAAAGAAUAUUAUUAAUCUUGGAGAAUCUGGCUCCUUGGAUUUCAGAACCUUUUGCACAUCAUGUCUUGUGAAAAAACCAUUGAGAUCCAUGCACUGCCACACUUGCAACUCAUGCGUAGCUAGAUAUGACCAACAUUGCAUCUGGAUUGGACGAUGCAUAGGUGUUGGCAACCAUUCUUAUUUUGUCCUGUUUCUCGUUUUCCUGACAAUGGUGAAUAUCUGGGCACUAUAUGGGACAAUUCUGCAUUGGUCAGAACACUGCACAACAACAUACUGGGAAGAUGGAGCAUGGACUUCCUUCACGCAGAUUGUGUCUUGUUCACCAUGGGUGUUGUACAUUUUCACACUAAUAUCUUUUCACACGUCAUGGGCUAUGUUGUUGCUAAUCCUUCAGCUCUAUCAGAUUACCUUUCUUGGAUUGACCUCACAUGAGAGGAGUGCCCUCUGGAAGCAGAGUAAGCGUUCAAAGCAUCCCGUUUCACUCAGGAAGACUCCAUAUAACUAUGGCUGCCUUCAGAACCUAGCAGACUUCUUCCAGUGUAAAUGCUUUGGAAUGUUCAAGCCCAACAUCAUUGACUGGACUAAGCAGUACACGCUAACGUUUCGUUCACUGAAGGAUAGAAAUGUUCACGCCGUGUGAAAAUAACCUACAUCAGGUCCUUGGGAUUCAGCUGGAAGCUGAAAUAAAUACGGAUAUUUGGUAUACAUUUUACAGUUUGCAACUUAUUUCAGAAUUUCCUUUGCUAUAUUUGUAUCGCUGUUAUUUUGGGAAAGGUUGUUUUACGUGAACAAAAUGAAGCAAAGUGGAUAAUGCAAUGGGACAACUGUAGUUCAUAUAUAAAAUCUUCCAAUAGGUUGGAAGUAAGUACAACUGUGAAAUGUCACUUUUCAAAUUGCUAAAGAAAGGCCUUUUUUAUAUAUAAAGCAGCCUGGAAAUCCUAGCCAUUGUUGUUCUUAUGUGUCCAUUAAAAUUUGCACUUGAUAAUAAAGGGUAGGGAGAGAUGCUUUGAAUUUCAAAAUAUUUUAGUAUAUGAAAACUGAUUUGUAACUUGAACUGUCUCUUUGAUCUGUAAAUCUGUAUAUAAGGGCUGUUUAGAUUUAAUAUAUUCAUGCUCACAUUUAUUAAAAUAGGACUUUUUUGUA